CAACCAUGAAAUCAUUGUUCAGCAUGAGAGGUUUCAGCUCAAGAGCAUUGAGGAAGGCUAACAAGAUAACCAAGGCUAAUAAGAACCAGAAAGGCUCUCUUAGUGAUAAGAAAUUGAAACUUAGAGCUCAAGACAAGCUCCAACAAGAGAACAUAAAAAAUCCUAAAUAAAUACUUGAGCAUGAAGGAGAAUAUUGUAAGAAAGGCUCCUGUCGUGAUCCCUCCCAUCCUUCUUGCAGGAGGUAUAAUCUCGACUGGUGUGUUCCUUCAUAGGAUUACCCUUACAAACUGACUCUACUAUUCCAAAAAUAUGACAAAUGCAUUUAAUCAUUAUUUCCUGUUCCAGUCACAUAUUUUUGCAGUCUUUGCAGGCAGUUUUAUUGGAGCAGAGCUUCUAAACUUUCAUGAACCUCUGGCUAUAAAGCACAUGAGAAAAGGUCGCAGGUUCUAUUUCCCUCUGAUAAUAAUGGGUCUAUUCACAUUAGCGUUGCACAUGUACGACCAUUUGUCUGAGUUCGCCUUCAUUCCAUUCACUGGUUCAAUCACGAUCCUCCUAACGUUGAUAUUGAUCUGCCGCCAAGAGCUAGCCCUGAGCUAUUGGAAUUACAAAAUGAUGGCCGUUUAUGCUUUCCCUAUCUUUGCUAUAUCCAUCUUAUCCAACUAUAUGUUCAUUAGGAGACAGAGCUAUUUAGAAAAUAACAAGAGAGUCAUUGAGAAGUAUAAGAGUAAAUUUGAAAAAAUUUCAAUGUAG